GUCUGUCCAUUGUGCGGGGAAGUAGGACAGGCACACCAAUAAAUGGGGCCGAGGGGAGACCCAGAGACACAUAUGCGGAGCUAGCCAGGGUGGUGGUCGGCUGAGGGGCCACACGACAGGCCACCUACAACGAAAAUCGUGAGCAAACAGGGGACAGCCAGAUCGGGUGCCGGCAUGAGCAACUCUAUCUGUCUAUUUUUCGACCUGGGAUGUCCCAGUAUUUCAAAAGGCUUGGUGCCCAGGAUAGUGGCAAGGGGCUUCGUCCUGUUUCUGUUGAUGCUGAUGAUGGAGGCCAAGCAGCGGCUAAUAGAGGACGACCUCAAUACUCUCAGGAUGCAGUUACUGCAGUUGCAGUGAAUGGGAUGGGAUUACUGUGUAGGCCUGCACGUCUGUCACUUGACACUGAGCGUACA